GUCCACUAAGACACAUCCACGCACUGCUGAGCCACCGCCUCUCAGAGGCGGAGCAAUAUGUGAAAGACGAGAGCUUCAGAGUCAGAGACCGGAAGUGAAACUUACAGUGAGAACAGCAAAGUUUGUUUGUUUGUCUUCACAGGAGCGUCAAACUGAGCUCUUCCAGCCUUUCUGAGCAGCACAGCACAGGUUCUUCCAACACUGGUAAGUGAGCCAGUGUGCAUUGUCAGGGCGAUGGCAUCCUCUGUGGCUCUGUAUGUUCGAUUGGCGAACUGAAGAGGUUCCAGAAUGUCUGGGAGGGAGGAGCAGAUGUGACCUUUGGCCAGCCGCUCGAGGCACUUCAUGAUGACAGAUGUCAGUGCAACAGGACGGUAGUCAUUCAGACAGGAGACCACUGAUUUCUUAGGAACAGGAAUGAUGAGUGCAGACAUGUCUGCUGCCAGCUGUCUUCUAUCUGAAGAUCGGUUUCUGUGCUCCAUCUGUCUGGAUGUCUUCACUGAUCCAGUCUCCACACCGUGUGGACACAACUUCUGCAAAAACUGCAUCAGUCAACACUGGGAUAUCAGUGAGAGGUGUCAGUGUCCUGUGUGUAAAAAGGACUUUCAGACCAGACCUGAGCUGCACAUCAACACUUUCAUCUCUGACAUGGUUUCUCAGUUCAGACAUGAAACUCAGCAGAAAGUCAGCAGCAGCAGCUCAGAGCAACAAGCUGCCAAACCAGGAGAAGUUCCCUGUGACAUCUGCACUGGAACCAAACUGAAGGCCCUGAAGUCCUGCCUGGUGUGUCUGGCCUCCUACUGUCACACUCACCUGCAGCCUCAUCUGACAGCUUCACGUCUGAAAAGACAUCAGCUGAUUGAUCCUGAGGAGAACCUGGAAAGCAGGAUGUGUAUGAAGCACAAUAAACCUCUGGAGCUGUUCUGUAAGACCGAUCAGACAUGUGUCUGCAUGCUCUGCUCUGUUAUAGACCACAAGACUCAUGAGUUUGUUCCUCUGAGAGAAGAAUAUGAAGGACCGAAGUCAGAACUGGUCAAGACUGAGGCUGAAAUUCAACAGAUGAUCCAGAAGACACGACAGAAGAUUCAGGAGAUCAAAGAGUCAGUGAAGAUGAGUAAAGAUGCUGCAGACAGAGAGAAAGCAGAAGGUGUUCAGGUCUUCACUGCUCUGAAGGAGUCUGUUGACAGACGCCUGAAUGAGCUCAUAAAGGAGAUUGAAGACAAACAGGAAACAACAGAGAAACAGGCUGAAGGUUUCAUCAAAGAUCUGGAACAGGAAAUCUCUGAGCUGAUGAAGAGAAGCUCUGAGGUGGAGCAGCUCUCACGCUCUAAAGAUCACCUCCACCUCCUCCAAAGCUUCUCAUCCCUGAAAGCUGCUCCAACCACCAAGGACUGGACAGAGGUCAGUAUCCAUCCACCAUCAUAUGAGGGGACUGUGGUGAGAGCUGUGGAUCAGCUGAAGGAGACACUCAGUAAAGACAUGAAGAAGCUGUUUGAGGCUGAGCUGAAGAGGGUCCAGCAGUAUGCAGUGGAUGUGACUCUUGAUCCUGAUACAGCACAUCCUUAUCUCAUCUUGUCUGAUGAUGGAAAACAAGUACACUGUGGUGAAGAGGAGAAUGAUCUUCCAGACAACCCAGAGAGAUUUUCUGAAAUUCCCAUUGUUUUAGGAAAGCAGAGUUUCUCUUCAGGCAGAUUUUAUUUUGAGGUUCAGGUUAACGACAAGACCAACUGUUCCUUAGGAGUGGCCAACGAGUCAGUCAACAGGAAGGAAGAAAUCACACCGAGUCCUGAAAAAGGUUACUGGAGUGUAGGAGUAUAUGAAAACAUUUGUGUAGCUCUUGAGGAUCUUCCAGUCUGUCUUCCUCUUCAGUCUUAUCCUGAGAAGGUGGGGGUGUUUGUGGAUUAUGAGGAGGGUCUCGUCUCCUUUCAUAAUGUUGAUGAUGCAGCUCUUAUCUACUCCUUUACUGGCUGCACCUUCACUGAGAAACUCUACCCAUUCUUCAGUCCCGAAGUUAAUGAUCAUCUGAUCAUCUGUCCUGUCAAUCUGUCAAUUUGAUCUUUUUCUAUAUGGACAUUUCAUAAAUUACAGGUUAAUCUCAACAUUUCUCUUCCAGGUUGCUCUGAAAAAGUUUUUGGGCCAUGAAAAUGCACUAGUUUUUCUAUUUUUAAAAAAAAUAAAAGAGCUGUUGUUAGAACACCAGCAGUGAUCAGCUUUACUGAGACACAUUCAUGGUAAAAAUGCACUACUUAUCCAUGUUAACACUUUAUAAUAUGGCCGGUGAGUAAGGGUUUAAUUCCUCUACAGGUUUUUUUUUUCCUUUUUAGCUGAAAUUACAAUCUGAUUAUAUUGACUUCAAAAUAGUUAGAAGUCAAGUGUUAGAAACACUGCUUAUGAAAUGUAUUAAUUUAAAACACUAUAUUUGAUGAUUCAUGGUUAAUAACAAUAAUUAUAUUUGCACAUACUGGUGGAUUAUCCAUUGCAGAAAAAUAAAAUGUUGUUGUUAAUCCAUUAAUUCAGUGCAGUUGUGGCAGAAACCUUACACUGCAUGGUGGUCUGAUGAAUUUGUUAGGCACUCUACACUAGAAAGUAGGUUUAAUAACAAACAUAAUACAUUUUACAGGAAAGGAAACACAAAUUAGACUGUCAGUCAAGGUUAAGUAGAGCAUAGUUUUCAGGUGUUUUAGUGGGAAAAAAAACUAAAGGAGACAUUCAUGGUCUUUCUUCUGUUAUAAUUUUGACUCUCAAAAUUCUGAGAGUCAAAUUUUGUAACAUAAGAGGAGAGUUGAGCACUGUACCAUUCAUGAUUGACACCAACAGAGCAUAACAAAAAUAUAACAACACAAUAAACAACCCAGCCUGUUAGCCUUACCCACCGCCUUUCAGAGGUGGAGCAACACCUGAAAGAGGAGGGCUUCGGUGUCAGAGGCGAGACCUGAAACUUAAAAUGAGAGCUGCAGCUCAGCAGAUCUGUUUCUCUACAAA